UUUAAUUAUGGUAUUUAUUUUGUUUUAUUUUCUUGUCCUUAUAACAGUGUACAUAACUGCACCAAAUAAAAUUCCAGCAGAAAAUAGUGGUGAUGUUGCUUCUUCAAAUGAAGAUGAAUAUGGUUGGUGGUUUUCAGCAGAAGAUAACACAUAUGACCCUCUCAGUUCUUCUGAUGUCUCAAAAGGUUUUGAUGAAUCUAUUGAACUAGUCAAGGCAACCUUCACAAACCAGGGGCCAUUUGAUGGUGUUCUUGGGUUUAGUCAAGGUGCAUGUUUCCUAUCAAUCCUCUGUGCAUUAAGAGAACAAGGUUCUUUGAGUUUUAAAUUUGCCAUUCUUGUGGCCGCGUUCAAGUCAAGAUCUUCAGGACACAGCUUAUACUACACAGAACCCAUCACAUGCCCCACCCUGCAUGUUUUUGGUGAUANGGUCUCCCGCGAGAAGCGCGGUUAUUUUAACUAUUCUCGCGCUAGCUGCACGCGCCAAGGAAUCACAACAGGCGACAGGAAGAUUCCCCCAGCUUGUUAUAUUGGACCUUCUUUCUUCACGUGUUCAUCAUUAGCGAUUCAUUGGUUUGAAGUAGUAGUGGCAUUUUCUCCAGCAGUGGCACCUAAAUAA